AUGAUCAUACGAUGACCAUCUCACACGAGCAAUUAAGAAAGCUUCAACUUGAUUUCAAUGAAGUUCUUUAUUCUCUAUUUGAUUGUUUUGUCAAUUCUACUGUUAUUCUCAUACAAAGGCACAGAAGAGCUCCUUCAGAACUUGUAAUAUGUGACCAACCUUUUCCACAAUCUGAAACUGUUGGAUAUGGAAGUCUAAUAAAUGAAGCAGACAUCUUCAGUUGCUAUAUUCCCUUUGGAGAAUAUGACCCAUUUUUGAGUGUAACAUAUACACAACAAAAUAUUGCUUUCUAGAAUUCGUAAGUUGUUUUUACUAAACACAGACGAAACUUAUCGUUGAUAGAAACACUGUGAGUUUUACCUGCUUGUUUUUAAAGUAGAGUCACUUGUAAAGGCCCAGUUUCUCUUGGAAGGUCAAGGAAAAGACCGUCUUGUCUUUCAGUAUGGUAACUCUUAUGAAACUCUAAAAUUCGAUAGUUAAAGGUGAAGCACUGGAAGACCGCCUUUCUAUACUUAGCUCGGACGUUUCAUACAAUGUAGCAGUUGGUUUCAUGAAGUGCGAAUGCCUUGGAAGGAGUUUAGAGUAUUCUAGUAUAGCUGCCACGUUUCAAAGCAUUUGAAGCGUCAAAAUUACUUCAAACAACUUUCAAAAUGUAUCCAGUUUGAAACCUUUGAACUUUUGAGGGAAAAAACAACAAAAGAUUGGAGAAGUACUAUGUUUUGUUGGUCUCAUAGAAACGGAACAGAAGUUGCAACUGAUCGACAACAGUCAACCUGCUUCUUGGAGCAACUUUGUUUUUUUUAAAGUAAGAACUGGAGUGAGAAGGGAAAUUUUGAAACUUUUGGCAUACAGAAGAAGGAAUACCUCAGAAUUCAGUUUUCU